UGUGGGUUGGGGUCACCCCUGAGGCCCCACAGAUUUGGGGUAUACCCCCUCCUGUGCCCCACCACUCCAUUCCCCACUGCUGCGGGUGGGCCCUGCCCUGGGUUGGGGGGACGCCCUAAAUCCCUGGUGCCGAGUGGGGAACACCCCAAGUCCCCCAGAUUUGGGGCAAACCCCCUCCCGUGCCCAUCACCGUGUUCUCCAGCCCUUCUGUGGGUUGGGGUCACCCACUGGGGGGCCCGGUUCUGGGUGGGGAUAUCCGGAGUUCCUGGUGCCGGGUGUGGGUCCCCCGAUGGAUCCCCCCCCGACUCUCCCCCUCCCCGGUUCCGGCAGGUCCCGCCCCCCCCGCGUGCCCCGGACCCCCCCGACGUGGUGCUGCUGCUGGAGCCGCCCCCCCCUCGGCGCCGUUCACUGCCCGGGGCGCUGCCCCCCCCCGCGGGGACCCCCCCGGGGACCCCCCCGCUCCAGAGACACUGCUCCGACCCCGGCAGCUAAUGGGAGCGCCGGGGCACGGCGGGACCCCGGAGCCACGGGACCCCCGACCCCGGAAAGUGGCACCCCCGGAGCCCUCGGACCCCAGGACCUGGGACCCCUGGAGUCCUCGGGCCCCGGCACGUGAGACCCCCAAAGCCCAGGACGUGGGACCCCCGGAACCACGGGAACCCCAGAUUCGGGAAUGUGGGACCCCCAGACCCGGCACCCCUGGACACUGUGACCUGGGACCCCUGGAGUCACAGGACCCCCGACCCUGGAACGUGGGACCUCCGGACCUCCAGAGCCCUGGGACCCCCGACCCUGGAAUGUGGGACCCCCACGGCCCGGGACAUGGAACUCCCCUGUCCCGGGAGCUGGGACCCCCGGAGCCGUGGGACUUCUGGAGCCAAGGGACCCCGCAGCCCCCACCCCCGGGCCCUGACCUGCCGGGGGGCUCCGGCCGCUGCCCCCCACGGACACUCCCCCAGUGCCGGCAGGGGGGGCUCGCCCCCCGGGAACCCCCCGCUAUCUGGCCCCCCCCGGGGUCCCCCUGCCCCGGACUCUGCUGCUCUUCCUGCUCCUCCUUCCGGAGCCCCCCGGGACCCCCGGGCGGGCGGGGUGGGGGGUGUGCACGGGUGUGUCCCCGUGUCCUGUCCCCAGGACCUCACGUGUGUGUCGGGGGGUCCCGCUGUGCCGGGACACGUGUGUCACCCCCCCAUCCGUGUGUGUGUCUGUGUGUCCCUGCCAUGUGCCCCCCCGGGACCCCCCUGCCGGGCCCCCCGCACAGUGUGUGAGUGCCGGCAGGCUCGGGGGGGUCCGUGUGUGUCCCCCCGCGUGUCCCCGUCCGUGUCCCGGCUGGGGGGGUGGGGGCACGUGUGUGCCCUCCCCGCCUGGCUGCGUGUCCCCUUGGAGCCCCCUGCGACCCCCAGAGCCCCCCGAGCCCCCCGGGCGCUCCCCCCGCACAGCCAGGUGUCACAUCGUGGGCACCCCACGCACAGGGAGGGGGACACGGGGCGGGGGGGCUGCCACCCCCAUAGCGUGUGCCGUGUUUGUCCCGUGUCAGCCCUGCAUGUCACCCCCGCCGUAGGUGUCCCCAAUAAACCGGACAGAGAC